AUGUUCUACUACCUGAUCUACCUGAUCUACUCCUCUGUCUUCUACCUGAUCUACCUGAUCUACCUGAUCUACCUGAUCUACCUGCCUCUGUCUCUACCUCAGUCUCUACCUGAUCUACCUGAUCUACCUGCCUCUGUCUCUUCUGUCUCUACCUGAUCUACCUGAUCUACCUGAUUAACCUGCCUCUGUCUCUUCUGUCUCUAUCUGAUCUACCUGAUCUACCUGAUCUACCUGAUCUACCUGAUCUACCUGCCUCUGUCGAACAAUAUACAAAAUCUGUCUCUACCUGAUCUACCUGAUCUACCUCCUCUGUCCUCUUCUGUCUCUACCAUGAUCUACCCUGAUCUACCUGUAUCUGUCUCUUCUCUCUCUACCUGAUCUACCUGAUCAACCUGCCCUGUCCUCUUCUGUCCUCUACCUGAUUACCUGAUCGACCUGUAUCUAACCUUAACUCUGUCUCUUCUGUCGUCUACCUGAUCUACCUGAUCUAAUACCUGAUCUACCUGCCUCUGUCUCUUCUGUCCUCUAACUGAUCUAACCUGCAUCUGUCUCUUCCUGUCCCUCUACCCUGAAUCUACCUGAUUUACCUGAUCUACCUGCAUCUGUCGUGUUCUGUCCCUCCUACUGAUCUACCUGGAUUUUACCUGAUCUACCUGCAUCUGUCUCUUCUGUCUCUACCUGAUCUACCUGAUUUACCUGAUCUACCUGCAUCUGUCUCUUCUGUCUCUACGUGAUCUACCUGAUUUACCUGAACUACCUGCAUCUGUCUCUUCUGUCUCUACGUGAAUCUACCUGCCUUGGUCUGUUGUCUCUGCUCUGCUGUGACCUGGAUAACUUAUGCCAUCCCCUUUAACACACACCUCCACACCUAAUCAGCUUUGCUUCCUUCACCAUGUUGUUGCUUGAUCUCUCUCUCUCUCCUUGUCCUCUUCUUCUUCUUGUUCCUGUCUUUUCCCACCUCCUCCUGUCUCUCUCUGUCUCUGCCGUGUUGUCUCCUUGCCCCUCUCGCUCCUUCCUAGUGGGGAAGUGCCAGGGGGGCAGACAGGGGCAUCGGUAGCGGUGGGGGUGGGGGGGGGCGGGGAGGGUCCGGCGGGUCCCUGUUGCAGUAACAGUAUGAAGAUCAUGCCUGGGGGUGGAGUCAGACUCAUGUCUGGCGGUACCAGAAUGGUGAUGUCGGGGGGCAAGGCCGGGAAGUGGCAGGCGGUCCAGAGCCACAUGCAGGCAGGAGGACUCAGACCCACCAAGUGAGUUAUAAUGGUUGGAUAUAGACACUGUUCUGGGGAGAUGGUGGAUACACUAUACACACUGAGUGUACAAAACAUUAAGGACACUUUCCCCCCUUUUGCCAUCAGAACAGCCUCAAUUCGUCAGGGCAUGGACUCCACAAGGUGUCGAAAGCAUUCCACAGGGACGCUGGCCCAUGUUGACUCCAAUGCUUCCCAUAGUUGUGUCAAGUUGGCUGGAUGUCCUUUUGGAUGGUGGACCAUUCUUGGUACACACGGGGAAACUGUUGAGCGUGAUAAACCCAGCAGCGUUGCAGUUCUUGACACAAACCGGUGCACGUGGCACCUACUACCAUACCCCGUUCAAAGGCACUGAAAUAUUUUGUCUUGCUCAUUCACCCUCUGAAAGGCACACAUACACAAUCCAUGUCUCGAUUGUCUCAAGGCUUAAAAAUCCUUCUUUAACCUGUCUCCUCCCCUUCAUCUACACUGAUUGAAGUGGAUUUAACAAGUGACAUCAUACAGGGAUCAUAUCUUUCACCUGGAUUCACCUGGUCAGGUUAUGUCAUGGAAAGAGCAGGUGUCCUUAAUGUUCUGUACACUCAUUGUAAAGUAUAUUGAUAGCACAGGGCAGCAGCAGGGCUAUUAGCCACAUGCAGGCAGGAGGUCUCAGACCCAACAAAUGGUACAGGUACAGAUGUAGGAUCUUAAACUGAUCCAGUUUGCUACAGCAGGAAAAUAAUCCUGCAGCAACAGGAAAUGUUCAUUAUUAUGUGGAUUAUAAUUAAUUGCAUUUUUUAUUUUUUUGGUGGGGUUGAUACAUUUUUCGUAAGGGAAACUUCAGAAGCCUUUUUAAACCUCAAAUACGCUACAAGUUUGAAAGUUCUCCUGCAACAACAUUACUAGGCACUCUACAGCUUGCUUUAUAUAAGACUGUAUACGGGUCUCUUUCAGACUGCUUUUUAAAUCGUCUGGUAUUGAACUUGUCAAAAGGGUAAAGGAAAGUCAAAAGGGGAAAUGAAAUAGUUGAAGAGGCCACUUGGAAGAAGAUGGAGGCUUUAUAUAAAGAGAGAGAAAGACAGGAGGCAGAAAGAUGGGACCGAGAAGGAAGAGAGAGAAAGCGAGGGAGAGAGGGAAGGAUGGAGGGAGGGAGGGAGGAAGAGAGAGAGAGAGAAAAUGGGGUGAGGGACACCAACACAAGAGACACCAACACAAGAGAGACCAACACAAGAGACACCAACACAAGAGACACCAACACAAGAGACACUGACACAAGAGACACCAACACAAGAGACACCAACACAAGAGACACCAACACAAGAGACACCAACACAAGAGACACUGACACGAGACACCAACACAAGAUGACGACACAAGAACAACACUAGAGACACCACACAAGAACACCAACACAAGAGACCACCAAACACAAAAACCAACACAAGAGACACCAACACAAGACACCACCACAAGAGGACACCAACACAAGAGACACCAACAAGAGACACUGACACAGUAGACACCAACACAAGAGACACCAACACAAGAGACACCAACACAAAGACACUAACACAAGAGACACCAACACAAGAGACACUGACACAAGAGCACCAACCAAACACAAAAGAGACUGACACAAGAGACACCAACACUAAGAGACCACCAACACAAGCGAAGACACCAACACAAGAGACACCAACACAAGAACACCACACAAGAGACACCAACACAAGAGACACUGACACAAGAGACACCAACACUAGAGACACCAACACAAGAGACACCAACACAAGAGAACCAACACAAGAACAACACAUGACCACAAGAGACACCAACACAAGAGACAGCAACACUAGACACCAACACAAGAGACAAAGACACAAGAGAUACCAACACAAGAGACACCAACACAAGAGACACCAACACAAGAGACACCAACACAAGAGACACCAACACAAGAGACACCAACACAAGAGACACUGACACAAGAUACACCAACACAAGAGACACCAACACAAGAGACACCAACACAAGAGACACUGACACAAGAGACACCAACACAAGAGACACUGACACGAGACACCAACACAAGAGAGACUGACACAAGAGACACCAACACUAGAGACACCAACACAAGAAACACCAACACAAGAGACACCAACACAAGAGACACCAACACAAGAGACACCAACACAAGAGACACUGACACAAGAGACACCAACACUAGAGACACCAACACAAGAGACACCAACACAAGAGAGACCAACACAAGAGACACUGACACAAGAGACACCAACACAAGAGACACCAACACAAGAGACACCAACACAAGAGACACCAACACAAGAGACACCGACACAAGAGACACCAACACAAGAGACACCAACACAAGAGACACCAACACAAGAGACACCAACACAAGAGACACCAACACAAGAGACACUGACACAAGAGACACCAACACUAGAGACACCAACACAAGAGACACCAAAACAAGAGAGACCAACACAAGAGUCACCAACACAAGAGACACCAACACAAGAGAGACCAACACAAGAGACACCAACACAAGAGACAACAACACAAGAGACACUUACACAAGAUACACCAACACAAGAGACACCAACAAAAGAGACACCAACACAAGAGACACCAACACAAGAGACACCAACACAAGAGACACUGACACAAGAGACACUGACACAAGAGACACCAACACAAGAGACACCAACACAAGAGACACCAACACAAGAGACACCAACACAAGAGACAUUGACACACUCACAGUCUGUUACAUACUCACAAACAGCUUCUCUCUAAUAAGUAUUUUUGUGUACGUUUCUCGUUCAACUAACAGUCUGAAGGAUCGAGAUCUUCUAACUUCUAACUCGAGACUUUGUAAACAGACUGUGAUGGAGAACAGCAGUUUGAGUUUCACAUGAUGUGUGUGUCUUCGACGCGGCACUGGUGCUCGCUGUCUGAAUGACGUGUUUUAGAGCCUAAUCACAACGUGUCAGAAAACGAGACGGUUAAUUUAGCUUCUCCACCCUCUUUCGUUUCGCAUCUCAAGUCUUUUUCACAUCUCCUGCUGUCAGUGAUUUCUCUCUCUCUCCGCAACACGUUCACUCCUUCACAACCUCCUCCCAUCUUUCACUCCUCUCAUCUCCUCUCAUCUUUCUCUCUUUGCCCCCUGUCUAUAAUUGGAUUCUAUUUCCAUGAUGCUAUAAGUGUCUGUGUCUCUUGUGUUGGUGUCUCUUGUGUUGGUGUCUCUUGUGGUGGUGUCUCUUGUGUUGGUGUCUCUUGUGUUGGUGUCUCUUGUGUUGGUGUCUCUUGUGUCGGUGUCUCUUGUGUCGGUGUCUCUUGUGUCGGUGUCUCUUGUGGCGGUGUCUCUUGUGUUGGUCUCUCUUGUGUUGGUGUCUCUUGUGUUGGUGUCCCUCACCCCAUUUUCUCUCUCUCUCUCUCUCUCUCUCUCUCUCUCUCUCUCUCUCUUCCUCCCUCCCUCCAUCCUUCCCUCUCUCCCUCGAUUUCUCUCUCUUCCUUAUCGGUCCCAUCUUUCUGCCUCCUGUCGUUCUCUCUCUUUAUAUAAAGCCUCCAUCUUCCUCCAAGUGGCCUCUUCAACUAUUUCAUUUCCCCUUUUGACUUUCCUUUACCCUUUUGACAAGUUCAAUACCAGACGAUUUAAAAAGCAGUCUGAAAGAGACCCGUAUACAGUCUUACAUAAAGCAAGCUGUAGAGUGCCUGGUAAUGUGAGGAGCACAGUGUUGACCCAGUUCAGAUAGCCUGGAUUCCACUCUGUCAGUGAAGGGAGAAAGAAGAUACAUUUAGAGAGUUGUGAAACACUUUUAAGGAACUUUGUGGGAUACUGAGCUAGAAAAAUUAAACUAACAUCUCCUAGUAAUAUGCUGCGUUUUAUAGAUAACUGAACUAAAACAAGCAGGGACUAUCUUGAUCUAAUAUAGAGGUACUGCUAGUAAAGCAGGGGAACGACUUGAAAACAGAAUAAGAAAGAUAGAAGACAUUAGAAGAUAAAGGAGAGGAAGACAGGAGAGGACUGAGAAGAGAGGGAGAGAGGGCGUCUCUAGGGGCGGAGCAUGUAUUUUAAUGAGGAAAUAGAUUUAGACGGAGAAAAGAGAAGGAAGAGAGGAUGAUAUAGUGCUGUGGGAGAGAGGAACAAACCAUAAAGCCUUCGCCCUCGAAGAGCCAGCAGCGUCCGCCACGUUGGGACGCCACACACACACCCCGACACACCCGCCUCAACGCCGAACAGACGCCCAUACGGACCUUUCAGAUCCGACCAAUGCCGACUCGGACCAUGCCCAUGCCCAGACACACACUGUUACACACACACACACACACACCUGCUGCCGCCACAGACCGCGGGGCGCAGGUUUUCUAGGGACGAAAGGAGGUUCACACUGCCGAGCAUCACUCUGGCUGGCCCUUCUACUGCUACUAUUGGUGCUGCCUCAACCUGCUCUCUCUCUCUCUCUCUCUCUCUCUCUCUCUCCUCCUCCUCCUCUCCCCGCCUCCUCCCCGCAACACCACUCCCACCGCCUCUCACUCCUUCCAUUUCUCCCCCGCCCACCCUCCUCCAUCAACACCGGUUUCUCCCUUCUCUCCUGUACCGCCUUACAUCUUCCCCUCACAUGAUUCCUUCCCUCUCCUCCACUCUUGUCUGUCUCUCUGUCCCCUCAAACCUCUCAUGUCCUCUCUCUCCAAACUCUACUGUCCCUCCCUCCUCCUUCUUUCACCGCUUCCCCUCCUCCCUCACCUCACUCCUCCCCUCUCCUCCUCCACCGCCCUAACAUCUGCCGCUCCCUCCUCCUCCCCUCCCUGCUGCUCUACCCUCCCAGCUUCGGAGACUCAGCAGGGCCUCUGUCCUCUGCCUCCACCCUGGAUACCCUCCCCUCCGCUGGGCCGCUGGCCCGGCCACGCACCCUGCAGCGCCAGCAGAGCCUCCAGCAGCCUCUCAUCCACCCACCUGCCCCGAGCCUCACCCACCUCCCACCCACCUCCUCACAGAGCCUGGGCCAGCUACAUCAGGUGGCCCCGCCGGGGCCCGGCCAGCCUGGGGGAGGCGGGGGCAGUGGGGGAGGUGGGGUAGGAGGAGGGUUAGGAGGUGGAGUCACUCGUGGAGGCCCCAGGGGGGCGCGAGGGAGUCCGGCAGUGGCAGGCGCCUCACGAUACAGGGGAGGAGGAGGAGGAGGAGGAGGAGGAGGAGGAGGAAACCCUGGCUCCUGGGACCACAUGAUGGGCCAAUUGAAAAACAGAGGCCUGGAUGCCAAGUCCUUCCUGUGA